AGGGUUUCAUCAAUGGUAGUGGCUGAGGACCUCGAAAAGCGACAUGCUAGUCAGAUUGGUGCUGCUGACCUGCCUUGUGUCCGUGGUAGCCCGUCUCAGGAUCAAGGAUGUGGAGAAGCUUUCAUUCCUUGGAGGCGCCGCAGUUGCAGAGUUCGUCGAGAAGACAGAAGAAAAUUCCUGUCCCGUCAUCUUCGUAACAGACGACUCUGGGCCAUUGAAUACCGUCGUUAACGAGGCAUAUCAGGCUCGGCAUCAACAACGGGGAGCAGCGGUGUUUGGGGUUGGCCUGCGUGACCGAAACGUGAGUCACCGCCUUUCUGAGCUGGUGCUGGUGGCUCGCCAAGUAAGUUCCUGUCAAAGUAUUAAUGGUGGUAGUUGGGGAAGAGGUUGUACGGUGCUUACGGAGGUAGUUCAGUAAAUUUGGUGAAU